AAUGAUAGCGAGGGGACGUGCCGUGAGAAAGCAUAUGAAUUGAAUGACAACCAAUCAGCGCCCGGUCGAGCUCGUCUGAGCUCUUAGUAUAAGGCAGAUGCCUGCUCCCUAUGACCCCGAAAGCCCAGAGUAUAAGAAAGCUCUACGACACCACCUGAAGACCAGGAAUACAAAAGUUGACACAUCUAGUUGGAGUGCCUUUCGCAUUCAAGAGAAACGUUUCAAGACUCGGAUUCCUCGGCCUUCACUGGAUGAUGUAUUGGAUAUAGGUGCACUUGCCACCACCUCUUCUGAAGGAACUAUGUUAGUCCUUGAGAGCUCAAUGAGGGCUGUGGGUUGGUCAUGCGGCGCGAUCGAUGCUCACAAGACUCGAGAAAUUGCUUUAAAAUUAAAUGCCAGGCAAGGUCGGGCUUUUCUGCUGCCCCGAGUACCGGGCCUCGUCUUACUUCCGGGAUUUGUCUCAACGGAGGAACAGCGGAGCCUUAUCAAGUCCUGUUUGACAAACCAAGCUAAGCAACCGAACGAGACGAAUCUCGAUGCGCACUACACUCUCCCAUCACAAGGUCUUUGGAAUAUGUUCGUCGAUCAUUUCGAAAAUCCAUCCACCGAUCCACUUAUUAUUCCAACCAAAGUCUCAAUGACCGAGACCGAUUCAUCAUCGUCAACCCUCAAGCUCGGAAACACCAAACGCGUUCUAGUCGACAACAUGUCCGCUUCAGUAUCCAACCUCUCAACAAUCAUCUCAACCCCAAAACCCCCGCCCGAUCCUUCUUUGACACUCACACCUUUGUCAAUCUCAAAACUGAUCUAUAAAUUGCGUUGGGUCAACAUUGGCAGGUCAUACCAUUGGGAAACCAAAUCCUAUGACUUUUCAAAAGAGCUUGGCACCUUUCCUGAAGACGUCAAGGAAAUAUGUAAGAGGGCCGUACGAGCUGUGAAUUGGGAAGAUGUUUGGGGAGAAAAGGCAGAGAUGGUGACAGAUGGAGGGUUGAGCUGGGGAGAGGAGGAAGGGACAUGGAGGAAAUGGGAUGAAACAUAUGAACCAGAUGCUGGGAUAGUCAAUUUCUACCAAGAAAAAGACACCCUCAUGGGACACGUCGACAAAUCCGAACUAUCUUCUACAACUCCCCUCGUGUCUAUCUCCCUAGGGAAUGCUGCCAUAUUCUUGAUAGGAGGCCUCACACGAGACGUUGAACCGAUACCAAUACUCCUCCGUUCGGGGGAUGCAAUCAUCAUGUCAGGUCCAUCAUGCAGGCGAGCAUACCAUGGCGUACCCCGUAUUCUUGAGGGUACACUACCUGAUCAUCUCGGACCGCAGAGCCUUCAACAUCACGUCGAUCAUGAUUGGGCACCAUUCGCUCACUAUCUGAAGACGACAAGGGUUAAUAUUAAUGUGAGGCAGGUGUUUCCGACAGGGUUUGAGCCUCCAGUGGAUAUACAAGCCGUGGCUCACGGUUGA